AAUAAUAGAUAUAGAUAUUCAGCAUUACAAUGAGGAGUGUUUGGGUUACAAGGGCGUCUAUAGCCAGGGCAUAUUCCACACAAGUGCAACCAGUUAUUUCCCUGACAUUAUUAUUGUCUAGAAAUCCAAUUAUAACUCAAGAACCAUCAAGCUUCGAGAAACAAUUUUACAAAUACCAAAAUGAAUUAUGGAGAAGAUUAAUGUGGACCUUCCCAAGUUGGUUCUUCUUCAAGCCAGGUACUGUUGCCGAGCAAAAAUACCGUAAAUUGAAUAAACCAGCUACCCCGGACAAUCCAAAUAUAGAAUUCCCAAGAGGUAGACCUGAAUUGAGACACAACAGAGAUCGUAGAUUCAAGCAAACCAUUUCAGUCCCAAAGAGUUAUGAAGAUAAAAAGGGAGAAACUAAUGCUGCUAGUGAAACUGAUGAUUUGGCUCGUAAGAUUGUUCCAAAUUCUCGUAUAACAGAAGCAGAUUUGAAGAAGGACCUCGCUAGUUUAGAAAGAAAGUUAAGUCGUACUUUAUACUUGAUUAUCAAGGAAAAGGGAAGCAAUACUUGGAAAUUCCCGAACUUCAACGUUCCAACCAAUGCUGAAGAAGUUUCUGGAUUGCAUGUCGUUGCUGAAGAAGGGUUAUACAAGAUUGGAGGUGAAAAAAUCAACUAUUUCAAUGUUUCAAAUACUCCAUGUCAUGUAUUCAAUAACUUGCAAGAAAAUAAGAAAGAAUAUUUCAUUAAAUCGCAUAUAUUAUCCGGUAUUUUUGAACCACAAGAGUCAGUUGCCGAAUUCAAUUGGUUGAGUAAAGAAGAAUUGAAAGAUGUUUUACCAGCCGAGUACUACCAAGAUGUUAGCCACUUACUUAAUAACGUCUAGGUCUUGUAAAUAGAGACAUCUUCUGUAUAUAUAUAUAUAUUUAAUACAAAAAUUGAAAUGAUAACUAUUUAAUAUCUCUAUGCUUUUUUUUUAAUUUGGUUAUCUCGGCGUUUAUAUAUCCUUUUUACCUCUUAUUGCUUGUUGGGUCGCAUAGACUGACCUGUCUAUAAGAGUACCAACCAUAAGAACACCAGCAAUGGAACUGAUAACCCCCAAAACAAAUCCUGACCAAGUCUUUGCGUAUUGCUCUUUGUUGAUUAUUUUCAAUGGUGAGAUAUCAAAGUGGAAUUCAACUCCAGGGAUUCCACCUCUAGCAUGUAAGGUGUGUUCGUGGUCUUCAUCCUUGCCUCCAGUUAAUGGUCUAUCAUGAGUAAUUACCGAGAAUUGAUUGGUAUCCAAUCUCUUGGAUUGGUCUAAAGAUUCAAAUCUAGUAGCAACAACUUUCAAAUAGUAUGAAGCAACAUGGUGCUUCUUAUGAAGCAUGAAUUGGUAACCAUCCAAAGGAUGAACCGAAUUAAGGAUCUCUUCUCUGGCGUCAUUUGAUCCGAAUGACAAGUGAUUUAUAAUAUGGUCAAAGUUGAAUUUAUCUUGAUACUUGCCAUAUAAUGAAACAUCAUGAACAUGUCUUCCAUCACUUGUGAAAGAAGCACCUGGUGCAAAAUCCAUAGUACCGGAAACACGAUUAAUUUUCGCUGAACCUUUGAUUCUACAACCUUCGUUAUCGUUAAUUCUCUGACGUAAUCGUUUAACAUAACCUUCUUUUUCACAUUGCUCAAUAUUUUCACCGUCAAAAAAAGACCAUCUUCUUUCGGCAUAGGCUCUCUUGACACUAUAACAAUCAUUACAACAGUAUUGGUGCUUCUCUUGAGGAAGAGCACCAUAACAAGAUCCACAAGUCUUAGGAUCGCCACCCUCUGGUAAACCCUUUACAACUUCACUUAAUGGUCUAUCCAAAUUCAAAGCAGGGGUGUCGUCUGAAAUCUCACGAACAAUAUUACCUUUGUCUUUAAUUAAUCUAAGCUUUUGGAAACCAGCAUUGAUAAUAUUCAACUGCAUAUCCCCAGUUUCGUCUAAUAAAUCAAUCAGAGCCAUGUCACAAGGAAGGUUGAUAAAUGAAAUAUCAAGAUUGAUGACUAACUGCUUGUUGAUAUCACGAUCAACCACGAGUUCAGGACGAGUUAUCACGGUCGUAUAAUCAAUGUAUUCGUUUCUAAUUAAGACUAAGGUGAUUAACACACAAAGCAAGGUGAUAAUCCCACCUGACGUGGUCCUUAUUCUUGCAUCAUCGACCGUCUUGGCAAAGGCGUCGAGUGAUAGCAACCUUGGUCUAGAAGCAGUGGCCAUUUUCAGUUGUACUCUUGUAGCAAGAUCUGGUUGUAAAAUUGGCUAACUACUUUUU